AUGGAAGAGCAACAAGUUAUCGGCAGUGUGCAAUACGCCUUUGGCCCCGACGGGGCCCUAGUAACAGGUCCAGUCUUGAUGGAUGAUCCAGCGACCGGUAAAAUCAUCUGCGCCUUCUGCCGGGUACCCAAGGCGGAGCAUAGCUUCCUGACUAUGGCCCCGUAUAACUUCAAAAGUCAGUUCUGUCUAGACUGUGAAAGAAAGCCUCGACCAGAUCAGCCUCCGCCUUCGACCCUGGGCAAGCGAAGUUUGGAUUCUGAGGAGCCAGAAAACACAGUUCCCACGCCUGAACCGACAAAAAAGCCGAAAGGUGAAGAGACAAAGGGACAGGUCGCAUCGCCGGAAUUCUAG